CUACUGGUCACAUUUGUCUCUUGUUUAGGUUCGGUCUGUACAGUGUCAUUGUCCAUAGUGGUCACUUGUGGUAGUACAGAAAGGUGUGAUGCAUUCCAGACUCUACCAUCAUCCAACAGCCAGGAAGGAAGCCAGAUCAAUAAAAAAGAUCCUGAAAGGCUUCUGGACAAACACCUGCAUUCGCUUCAUUAGGAAGAAGGAAAUACAUACGGACUACUUGUCCUUCAUCUCUGCUGAUGGGUGUUGGUCCUUCCUUGGCCGGGUGGGAGGCAAACAGCAAAUCUCCUUGAGGACAUCCGGUUGCUUAUUCACGGAUAUCAUGCAGCACGAGGCUCUCCAUGCACUUGGAUUCCACCACGAGCAUGUUCGAUCUGACAGAGACGACCAUGUCACCAUUCAUUUUGACAACAUCAGAGCAGGAUUGGAAUCCAACUUUAUCAAAUCUCCGACAAACAACUUAGGUACCCCCUAUGAUUUUCAAUCUGUGAUGCAUUACAGCAAAUUUGCCUUCACUAAUAACGGCCAAGCAACGAUCACUUCCAAAGACGGUUCGGUGUUUGGCGACGCAACUGAGAUGAGCGAUAAUGAUUAUGCCCGUGUCAACAGACUUUAUGAGUGCUGAACAUAAUGACAGAGAAAAGGGUGUCAGCCUCCAGUGACCAGCAUUUUUCACAAUGAAC